GCCCGGCGCGGUGUGGGGAGGCGGCCGCUCCUCCCGCCGCCGCCGCCGCCGCCGUUCUGAGCUUCUCGGAAAAUGAUGCACCCUGUUGCCAGCAGUAAUCCAGCUUUCUGUGGGACCGGCAAGAGCUCUUGCCUGAACGAAGACAAUGUGAGGGCUGCGGAUCAGUUUGACCUCUAUGCCACACAGCAGAGCAAGUACAGCCACGCAGUCAGCCACAAACCCAUUGCCUGCCAGAGACAAGAUGCCUUGAACGACUCCCACUUACAGACCACAAGUGGCAGGAAUUUAGAGACAAAAGAUGAACUGAAGAAAAAGAAAAACCUCAACCGCUCCGGGAAACGUGGAAGGCCAUCAGGGACCACGAAAUCAGCAGGGUACCGAACCAGCACAGGUCGACCCCUGGGGACCACCAAAGCAGCUGGAUUUAAGACAAGUCCAGGCAGACCCUUGGGUACAACUAAAGCAGCAGGAUACAAAGUCAGCCCAGGCAGACCUCCAGGAAAAAAGCAGCAAGCCUUCAGGUGUUCCAGUGAUGCCUAACACAUACUGAGCUGGACUUUUGCUGUACUUUACAAUAGGUGUGUUGAAUUGGUUUGGGGGAACUGUGUAUGCACUGGCAACUAAGACAAUGAACCUCAACUUAUACUGGAUGGCUCCUUAGUCAAUAGAUGAACUAAUGGCAGCUAAAUUGCUAUUAAGGAAUAGUUUCUUCAUGCUGAAGCUCUGAAAUCCAGUUGUACGUUCUGUUCCUCAACAAACUCGCAAGUCUGAAAUUUAGCAGUCUCUCUCAGAAGAUGUAACUUCUGACACAUGCAAAAUGCUAACGUGAGUUCAUUCACCCUCAGGAUCUCUGUUGUAUUGGCUGUUUUUAAUCAGAUAAUUUUUCAACAAAAGACUGCUUUAAGUUCUUUCCCGAACUCAGCUGGGCAAGCAGUCCUCUUCAGCUGAAUUUGUAACUGCAAGAGUGUCACACCUCGCUGGCAAGGAAUGUGUUGCAUGUCACCACUGUACCUUGGAGAAACUCCAGUCCUUACCUCCUGUUGAUCCUGUUUGCUCCUGUCCAUUCCUCACUUGUGCAUCCACUCAGUGGUGCUGUGCUGUGUGUCAGGAGAUAAUGCAGAUGUGUUGCUGUUCUGCUAGUAUAAUUUGUAUUCAAGUAUGCUGAUAAAAUAAUGAAAUCACCUAAGCAAUUUAUGUUCAUUACAGUGUUUAUUAAUUAUAUCAGAUGAAGUAUAAUCCCAGUAAAAGCUAAUUAAUGUUGUCAGUUUUGAAACGAUGAGUAUCAGAUAUAAAAGUGUUCAGAGAACCUGCAGUGCGCUGCUUGGCACUCUGGAUUUAGGAAGGAGACCAGAAGUGCACUGCUGGCAUUUCCUCAUUCUGCUUUAUUUUAUAUCUGACUAGAGUUCUCUGGUGCCGUGCAGUGAGGGGGGGAAAAAGAAGAGGAUAUUCAAAGUGACUAGAAAUGGAACUUUCAAGUACUUCGUUCUUCCUAUGUAUACUCUGCAGAAUACAUUGUGCUUUUUUCAACACUUCUUUCCAUAAGACUCACUGAAACAGCAUGUUAAUGCCUGAACUUUAAUUAUUAGUACCAAUGGGAAAACUGGCAUUUCCCCCCCAUAGUAUGAAAACAUUACUUGUAAGGUAAAUUGCUUAUUUUAUAUCAUAUAUCAUAAUUCAGCUAUUCAUAAGCUAAGAUCACUGUUGUGUAUUAACACUGUUCAGAAGACCAACAUGUCAAGUUUAGGUUUUAAUAAUUUCUUUUAAUUAUCAAGUUUCUAAUGUCUUAUUUAUCCAUAAAUGAAAUGUAUUAGCUUGCUGUUAUUCCUUAAUGUUGCUAUAAAGUUCACUGUUUAAGAUACAUAUAGUAACUACUAUCCAUUUUCUUAUUAAAUUUACCUAAUCUUUAAAACCAAAUAAUUUUGCUACUAUAAAGUCUUGCACUGGACAGAUUCAAGAUGCUAACACCAUAUUUUGGCAGAAAAAAAUCAGAUAGCAUCAGAAGCAGCUGACUUUGAUAUCAAAGAUGGUAUUUUUAAAGUCAGCACUUAGCUUUGUCAUUAAAGCGAUGUUCUUUAUAUCUUGGAUUUAGUUUAAAGUAAUCAAAUUAACUACAGCCAUUAAAGAUUUCUCUUCUGAAUGAAUAUAUUUUCAUUUUGUCUGAAGGAUCUUAAUGUUCAGUCAGGACAAAACCAAGCCUUGUUAGUGAAAAGUGACGUAUCUGUGAAGAGAAUUACCUGGAACUACAAUGCACCGAGUAAUUCAGAUGAAAAUUUAACUCCCUCCCCCAUUCUGAAGAGCUUUAAAAGGCAGAGCAAUGUGAAGUCAUUUGUGCAAUGGUUUCAUUAGCUGUGACUCUGCUGUUCUUUGUUAUAUGUAUAAUAAUGUGUCACGCUAUCCUUAGAGUUGACAGUUAAAACAGCUGAUAACAAUCAUGAAUACUUGGAACUGCAAACUUCAUUUCUGAUUACAAAAAGUUUAUUCUUCUCUAUUUUAAUGCAUAUAUUUUAACACCGCUAAAUAUAUUUAUUACUUUAGUAGAAACUAGACCUUUCUCCUUGUGGCUUUUUUUCGAAAUAGAACCUUUAUUCUGAAAUUUGAACCACUUUCUGUUCUUUCAAUCUUUCAUCAUUUGCUUUUCCACAGGUUUACUUUGGGUUAACAGUAAUCUGUUAAAUAACUAGUAUCAGCACCCUGUCCUCUGCUGUAAAAAGCCUGAUUAGAUACUGUGUAUGUUUUUAUGUCCAUGAACUUGAGCUACUCGUGUGCAAUUAUGUGUAUGGGAAUGGAGUAGUGUUCAUGAUCUGUAUUUACAUCAUCAUAUGGAUGUAUAUUUAUUAAUAAAGUUAAUACUUUAAAACUUAA